AGUGAAUCCAAUUGAUACUUGAUUGCAUGAGGGAUAGGUAUAUUUUGAAUGCAAACUUCGAAAAAAUAAAAAAAAGAUUGACACUGUUGCAAAGGGAAGAGAAAUGUGCUUCAUCUUUCUGCCGGAGCAAGAAAGGGAACUCAUUGCCUAUAAAUUGGCUCUCAGGAAAAUGUGCCAACCCAACCUUCCUUCUGUGUAGGCUUCAAAAGCUAUCCAGAAAACCAACCAUGGCAGCCACUGCCACCACCGCGCUUAGCUUCAAGAGGUCAGACAGCAUCGCCGAGGGCAUGCCCGAGGCAUUGAAGCAGAGCCGAUACCAGAUGAAGAAAUGCUUCUCGCGGUAUGUCUCCAAGGGAAGAAGGCUCAUGAAGAACCCACAGUUGAUGGAGGAAUUGGACAAGUCCAUGGAUGACAAGGUAGAGAAGACCAAACUUAUGGAAGGAUUUCUGGGUUACAUUAUUGGUUCAACUCAGGAAGCUGCUGUUCUCCCCCCUCUCGUCGCAUUUGCAGUCAGGGUUCAACCGGGAAUAUGGGAGUUUGUCAAGGUCCAUUCAGAAGACCUCUCAGUUGAAGAAAUCACACCUUCUGAAUACUUGAAGUGCAAAGAAACUAUUUUCAAUGAGAAAUGGGCAAGAGAUGUGAACUCGCUGGAAGUAGAUUUUGGAGCGUUCAACCAAUCAACGCCCCUCAUCACCUUGCCGUCUUCUAUAGGAAAUGGCAUGCAGUUCAUAUCGAGAUUCAUGUCAUCAAGACUCAAUGAGCACUCUGAAAGCUUGAGGCCGUUGUUGGACUACUUGCUUAAGCUCAAUCACCGAGGCCAAAAGCUGAUGAUCAAUGAAACUCUCAGUACCGUGAACAAGCUUCAGACAGCGCUGCUCCUGGCCGAAGUGUUUGUCGGCGGUCUUCCUAAGAACACACCAUUCCAAAAGUUCGAACACAGAUUUGAGGAGUGGGGAUUGGUGAAAGGAUGGGGCGACACGGCAGGAACAGUGAAGGAUUCCUUGAAUUAUCUAUCAGAGGUUCUUCAAGCACCAGAUCCUGUCAAUAUGGAGAAGUUCUUUGCCAGAGUCCCUUGUAUUUUUAACAUAGUCAUUUUCUCACCCCAUGGCUACUUUGGACAAGCAGAUGUUCUUGGCUUGCCCGACACCGGCGGACAGGUUGUCUAUAUUCUUGAUCAAGUCAAGGCUUUUGAGGAGGAACUGCUACAAAGAAUCAAGCAGCAAGGAUUGUCAUUCAAACCUCGGAUUCUUGUGGUAACUAGGCUGAUUCCAGAAGCAAAGGGCACCAAAUGCAACCAAGAGCUUGAGCCAAUUCUCAACACCAAUCACUCACACAUCCUUCGCGUACCAUUCAUGACCGGAUCCAGUGUUCUACGCGAGUGGGUGUCUCGCUUCGACAUCUAUCCCUACCUCGACAGAUAUGCUCAGGAUGCUGCUGCUAAAAUAGUUGACAUCUUAGAAGGCAAACCAGAUCUUAUCAUCGGAAACUACACUGAUGGAAACUUGGUGGCCUCUCUCGUGGCGAGCAAUCUCGGAGUUACUCAGGGAACCAUUGCGCAUGCUCUUGAGAAGACAAAGUAUGAAGAUUCUGAUGUCAAGUGGAAAGAACUUGAUCCAAAGUACCAUUUCUCAUGCCAAUUUACAGCCGACAUGAUCUCGAUGAAUGCCGCCGAUUUCAUCAUCACGAGCACAUAUCAAGAAAUCGCAGGAAGCAAGGACAAGGUAGGGCAGUAUGAAAGCCACUAUGCGUUUACACUUCCGAAGCUUUGCCGAUUUGCCACCGGCAUCAACGUCUUCGAUCCCAAGUUCAACAUAGCCUCCCCUGGAGCUGAUCAAUCUAUCUACUUCCCUUUCACCCAAAAACAGAAGCGUCUAAGUUCCUUUCGUCCGGCAAUUGAGGAGUUGCUGUACAGCAAAACGGACAAUGAUGAGCACAUGGGAUACCUUGAAGAUAGAAACAAGCCCAUAGUCUUCUCGAUGGCGAGGCUCGACACUGUAAAGAACAUAACUGGGUUGGUGGAGUGGUACGGUAAGAACAAGAAGCUGAGGCAGCUCGUCAACCUAGUUGUAGUGGCUGGCUUCUUUGAUGCUUCCAAAUCGAAGGACAGGGAGGAGAUUAGCGAAAUCAAGAAGAUGCAUUCUUUGAUCGACAAGUACCAGAUGAAGGGUCAGAUGCGAUGGAUCGCAGCGCAAACCGAUCGCGCUCGCAACGGCGAGCUCUACCGGUGCAUCGCCGACACCGGAGGAGCCUUCGUGCAGCCAGCUUUGUACGAAGCGUUUGGGCUGACAGUCAUUGAGGCCAUGAACUGUGGCUUGCCGACCUUCGCGACGAAUCAGGGAGGGCCAGCAGAGAUCAUCGUCGACGGCGUUUCAGGCUUCCACAUCAACCCCGCCAAAGGAGACGAAGCAAGCAGCAAAAUGGCAGAAUUUUUCGAGACAUGCAGGGAUGACAAGAGCUACUGGAACAAGAUCUCCACAGCCGGCCUCCAACGCAUAUAUGAAUGCUAUACCUGGAAGAUAUAUGCCACCAAAGUGUUGAACAUGGGAUCGGUCUAUGGAUUCUGGAGGCAGCUCAUCAUGGACGAGAAGAAUAUCAAACAUAAGUACCUGCAGCUGUUCUACAAUGUCCAUUACAGGAAACUGGUUAAAGCAGUUCCAUUAGCAUUUGAUGAAGCACAACAGGCACCACAACCUUUGGCUAAAACUGCAUCAAAGCCGGGGCAAAGGCCAGCUCGAAAUUUCUUCAGCAUUUUUACAUGGAAACCCAAGCAAAGCAAACGAAAUGAAACAGCUUGAUCACUGGCCCAGGCGAGUCAGCAAAGCCACCAUUUCAUUAUCUUUUGAUGUUGCUAUCUAUGUCACUGUCCAUUUGUGUUAGGAUCAUGUCAAAACGGAUAGUGUAUCUCGUGCAUCCACAAAUACUUAAUCAAACAGAAUGUAAAGAUAAUGCCUUGGAGAUGGGCACGGAGUAUGUCUUA